GCGGCGGCAGCAGCCGGAGCCAGAACAGCGAUAGCUCGGACUUUCCAGACUGGAACUGUGGCCACGGCAGCAGCUCAGUGGGGGCACCUGUGCGGAGCAGGAGUAGCAGGACGAGGGGGUGGGGUUCUUGCCAGCCACUCUCCGAGCUCGAAGGAAGGGGCCCCUCCCAGCUGAGAUUCCUCUGCUCUGCAGAAUCUCGCACGGAGCUGGGAAGACUGGUGGGGGUAGACAUGUGCAGGAGCAGCUAGAGGGCUGGGGUAGGUAAACGUUUGGUCCGAGUGUAGAGUGGCCGUGAAAGCUGUGUCUGGGACCAUGACAGCAUCCCGCCUGGACUUUGGGGAGGUGGAAACUUUCCUGGACAGACACCCAGAGUUGUUUGAAGAUUACUUGAUGCGGAAGGGGAAGCAGGAGAUGGUGGAGAAGUGGCUGCAGAGGCACGGUGGGAGUCAGGGGGCGGUAGGCCCGAGGCCCGCAGUGGCCGGCACCAGCAGCUUGGCUCACAGUGGUGGCAGAGGCAGCGGCAAUGUUGCUGGUGGCACUGGACCAAAUAGCUCGGCCAACAGCCAGCCCGCUCCGGGUGGCGCGGACUGUGGUGGGGUUCCCCUGAGUCCCAGCUGGGCCAGUGGCAGCCGGGGCGAUGGGAGCCUGCAGCGGAGAGCUUCUCAGAAAGAGCUCAGGAAGAGUUUUGCUCGCUCCAAGGCCAUCCACGUGAACAGGACCUACGAUGAACAGGUGACCUCCCGGGCCCAGGAGCCCCUGAGCAGUGUGCGGCGGAGGGCACUUCUCCGGAAGGCCAGCUCCCUGCCCCCCACCACGGCCCACAUUCUCAGUGCCCUGCUGGAAUCGAGGGUGAAUCUGCCUCAGUACCCACCUACGGCCAUGGACUACAAGUGCCACCUCAAAAAGCAUAAUGAGCGUCAGUUCUUCCUGGAGCUGGUCAAGGAUAUCUCCAAUGACCUUGACCUUACGAGCCUGAGCUACAAGAUCCUCAUCUUUGUCUGCCUCAUGGUGGACGCUGACCGCUGCUCUCUCUUCCUGGUGGAAGGGGCAGCUGCUGGCAAGAAGAGCUUGGUCUCCAAAUUCUUUGAUGUGCAUGCAGGAACCCCACUGCUGCCCUGCAGCAGCACAGAGAACUCAAACGAGGUGCAGGUCCCCUGGGGCAAAGGCAUCAUUGGCUAUGUCGGGGAGCAUGGAGAAACGGUCAACAUUCCUGAUGCCUACCAGGAUCGAAGAUUCAAUGAUGAAAUUGACAAGCUAACUGGAUACAAGACAAAAUCACUAUUGUGCAUGCCUAUCCGAAGCAGUGAUGGUGAGAUUAUUGGUGUGGCCCAAGCGAUAAAUAAGAUUCCUGAAGGUGCUCCAUUUACUGAAGAUGAUGAAAAAGUUAUGCAGAUGUAUCUUCCAUUUUGUGGAAUUGCCAUAUCUAAUGCUCAACUCUUUGCUGCCUCAAGGAAAGAAUAUGAAAGAAGCAGGGCUUUGCUAGAGGUUGUUAACGACCUCUUUGAAGAACAGACUGACCUGGAGAAAAUUGUCAAGAAAAUAAUGCAUCGGGCCCAAACUCUGUUGAAAUGUGAACGCUGUUCUGUUUUACUCCUAGAAGACAUUGAAUCACCAGUGGUGAAGUUCACCAAAUCCUUUGAAUUGAUGUCCCCAAAGUGCAGUGCCGAUGCUGAGAACAGUUUCAGAGAAAGCAUGGAGAAAUCAUCAUAUUCCGACUGGCUCAUAAAUAACAGUGUUGCUGAGCUCGUGGCUUCCACCGGUCUUCCGGUGAACAUCAGUGAUGCCUACCAGGAUCCUCGCUUUGAUGCCGAGGCUGACCAGAUAUCGGGGUUUCAUAUAAGAUCUGUUCUCUGCGUCCCUAUUUGGAAUAGCAACCACCAAAUAAUUGGAGUGGCUCAAGUGUUAAAUAGACUUGACGGGAAAGCUUUUGAUGAUGCAGAUCAACGACUUUUUGAGGCUUUUGUCAUCUUCUGUGGCCUGGGCAUCAACAACACAAUUAUGUAUGAUCAAGUGAAGAAGUCUUGGGCCAAGCAGUCCGUGGCUCUUGAUGUGCUGUCAUACCAUGCAACAUGUUCAAAAGCUGAAGUUGACAAGUUUAAGGCAGCCAACGUCCCUCUGGUGUCAGAACUUGCCAUCAAUGACAUACAUUUUGAUGACUUCUCUCUUGAUGUUGACGCCAUGAUCACAGCUGCUCUCCGGAUGUUCAUGGAGCUGGGGAUGGUACAGAAAUUUAAAAUUGACUAUGAGACACUGUGUAGGUGGCUGUUGACAGUGAGGAAAAAUUAUCGAAUGGUUCUGUACCACAACUGGAGACACGCCUUCAACGUGUGUCAACUGAUGUUUGCGAUGCUCACAACCGCAGGGUUUCAAGAGAUUCUGACCGAGGUGGAAAUUUUAGCAGUGAUUGUGGGAUGCCUGUGUCAUGACCUUGACCACAGGGGAACCAACAAUGCCUUCCAAGCUAAGAGCGGCUCUGCCCUGGCCCAGCUCUACGGAACUUCCGCUACCUUGGAGCAUCACCAUUUUAACCAUGCUGUGAUGAUCCUUCAAAGUGAGGGUCACAACAUCUUUGCUAAUUUGUCCUCCAAGGAAUAUAGUGACCUUAUGCAGCUUUUGAAGCAGUCAAUAUUAGCAACAGACCUCACGCUGUACUUUGAGAGGAGGACUGAAUUCUUUGAACUUGUGAGUAAAGGAGAAUAUGAUUGGAACAUCAAAAACCAUCGUGAUAUAUUUCGAUCAAUGUUAAUGACAGCCUGUGACCUUGGAGCCGUGACCAAACCGUGGGAGAUCUCAAGACAGGUGGCUGAACUUGUAACCAGUGAGUUCUUUGAACAAGGAGAUCGGGAGAGAUCAGAACUCAAACUCACUCCUUCAGCUAUUUUUGAUCGGAACCGGAAAGAUGAACUGCCUCGGUUGCAACUGGAGUGGAUUGAUAGCAUCUGCAUGCCUUUGUAUCAGGCGUUGGUGAAGGUCAAUGUGAAACUGAAGCCGAUGCUGGAUUCCGUGGCGGCGAACAGAAAUAAGUGGGAAGAGCUGCACCAGAAAAGGCUGCUGGCGUCGGCUGCUUCCCCCUCCUCCGCCAGCCUCUUGCCGGCCGCCGGGGAAGACAGAAACUAA